CUGGCGGCCCGGGUUACAGGGUAUGGGAUCCACCGGAUCACGUUCAGCCCCGAUCACCUGGAGGAUAUCGCAGACGCCAUCACGCGGCAGGACAUACGGGGCCUGGUCACCGCAAACAAGAUCACCAUCAAGAAGGUGCAGGGCACCUCCCGCGGCAGGGCCCAGCUCAAGCACCUGCAAAAAAAGAAGCGCGGGACCAAGGCAGGCUCCAAGCACGGAAGAAAGGGCGCUCGCAUGGGCAAGAAGGAGACCUACGUCAAGAAGGUAAGAUCCCUCAGGUACCUGCUGGGUGUGGCAAAGGACAGGUCCGAUAUAGACAACAAGGAGUUCUGGUCGCUGUACAAGAAGGUGAGAGGAAACACGGUACGAAACAAGGCCCACCUGAGGCAGCUCAUCGAGACCGCAAAGCAGUCCAGAGAAGCCUAG